UCGGACGGUCGCAGCGCUUGCCACCUCCAGGAUUGGGUGGACCCCGGGAACCCUAACGCGGGCAACCUUAAGUAUCGUAACAUCCCUUCUCUGUACAUAUGUCAUACUUUCUCAAUAUCCAUUAUAAUAUAGCAUCAAUAUGAGCUCCUUUAAAGCUUCCCAGGCUGCUUUGGCCUCAAUUGGGCCAAUGGCCAACUCGAUCCGAGUCACAACUCUUGGGAGGCCGCUUCGUUCUCUUCGCCAACAUGCCGAGAAGAGGGCCGCCUAUACCACGAAAACCCACUAUUCACCCAUCAGUGUUGGUUCGCAAAGAGCUUCAAUGCUAAGCAAGUUGGAUGAUAGACGCACCUUGUCAUCUAAAAAUACACGGUCUAUACGUUCCGUUAUCCCACAAGCCGUGGCCAAAGGCCGAGCUUCGUACAGCACGGAAGCCACUGCGGCCGGAGAGCCUACCAUUCAUGCCGUGUUUGAGACGAAGACAGGUACAUGGCAAUAUGUGGUCGCUGACCCAUCCUCUUCAGCUGCUGUCAUAAUCGAUCCAGUGCUGGAUUAUGACCCAGCUAACCAAGCCGUUACCACUUCUGCCGCCGACUCACUGCUCUCACUGGUCAAGGAAAACGGUUACAAGGUCGACAGAAUCUUGGAAACUCAUGCCCAUGCAGACCAUCUCACUGCAGCGUCUUAUCUCCAAGAUCGCCUUACGCGGGAGCAUGGGCACAAGCCGUCGAUUGGCAUUGGCAAACGUAUCGGACAGGUGCAGAAAUUAUUCGGUCAGAGAUACGCAGUUCCACCAGAUGAAUACAAAGUUGUUUUUGACACAUUGUUUGACGACGAUGAGACGUUCAAGAUUGGAAAUUUGGUAGCCACAGCCAUGCACCUGCCUGGGCACACUCCAGAUCAUUUAGGUUACAAAGUUGGAGAUAAUGUAUUUUGUGGGGAUUCUUUGUUCCACGCGGAUAUCGGUACUGCGCGUUGUGAUUUCCCUGGCGGAAGUGCAAAAAGCCUCUUCAACUCCGGACGGAGACUUCUUAGCCUGCCGGACCAUGUAAAAAUCUGGACAGGCCACGAUUAUCCACCUGAGGAUCGUACAGCCCCAAUGCCUUGGAUGAGCGUGCGGGAUCAUAAGAGCCAGAACAAGCACUUGAGAGACGGCAUCACUGAGGAGGAGUUUGUGUCCCUGCGGCAAGAACGCGACGCAAAGUUGGCAGAGCCAAGAUUGCUCCACCAAUCACUUCAAAUAAAUAUUCGGGCGGGACAACUUCCAAAGCCAACCGAAGCUGGGCAUCGGAUGCUUCACGUUCCGCUAAAGCUUAAAGAUGUUAAGUGGUAAACGUCACUGGUAUUUGUGAAAGAUGGAUUCGGGGUACGGUAGGAAGAUAUGAAUGUUGCAACCAGGAUAUGGGUGCUAAGGCGUUAAAUCGGAAACAUAUGAGGCUGCUGUUUCUAUAUCAUA